CGGAAAACGCCGAAAGCACAGCAUUCUGGGAGAGAGGAAUCGGUCGCCAUCUUGCAUGGAUAAAGUUACUAAUCGGGUUGCAAUAACAAACACGUUUGGUACAAUAUUUUAACAGACGCUGUACCUUUGUUCGGCAUAGCAAAAGUAGUGUGGGCCAACAGAACGCUUAGUGUUGUUUCAACUUUGUCCUGGGCAGCCGAUUCAACCUCAGCUACCGGCAUCCAGUUACCGUGAAAAGUGACCAUGGGUCGUUCGCGUAGCCGCAGCUCGUCCCGCUCGAGACAUUCAAAGAGCAGCAAGCACAGCAAGAAACGGAGUAGGUCGCGGUCCAGGGACAAGGAGAGGGCCAAGAAGCGCUCCAAGUCCCGGGAGGCGAAGAGGAGCCGGCGGCGAGAGUCGCGCUCUCGUUCCCGCUCGACCAACGCCUCCUCCCGCAGGGAGAGGGACCGAGACCGGGUCUCCUCGCCGCAUGAGAGGAUCGACAUAUUCGGGCGCACGCUGAGUAAGAGGAGCGCUUUGGACGAGAAACAGAAAAGGGAAGAAGAGGAGAAGAAGGUUGAGAUGGAGAGACAAAGAAAAAUACGCCAGCAGGAGAUCGAGGAGAAGCUGAUCGAGGAGGAGACGGCCCGGAGAGUGGAGGAGCUGGUGGCCAAGCGCGUGGAGGAGGAGUUGGAGAAGCGGCGGGAUGAGAUCGAGCGAGAGGUGCUGCGACGGGUGGAGGAGGCCAAGCGCAUCAUGGAGCGCCAGCUGCUGGAGGAGCUGGAGCGGCAGCGGCAGGCGGAGCUGGCUGCGCAGAAGGCCAGAGAGGAGGAGGAGAAAUCUAAACGAGAGGAGCUCGAGAAAAUAUUGGAGGAAAAUAACCGUAAGAUCGCUGACGCUCAAGCCAGACUGGCUGAGGAACAGUUGCGAAUUGUGGAGGAGCAGAGAAAGAUUCAUGAAGAGAGGAUGAAAUUAGAACAGGAGAGACAACGUCAGCAGAAAGAGGAGCAGAAAAUUAUCCUGGGCAAAGGGAAGUCCAGGCCCAAACUCUCCUUCUCCUUGAAGGCGACGGAGUGAGGCCCCGGAUGCUGGGGAACCCCCCACCCCCCAACUCCCCCCCC